AUGAUCGACGAGAUCAGCCUUUCCUCGCGUCUGCGCGACACUCGCACGUUGUUGGACUCAUUACCAGGAAUCCUCACGCUGCUCCGUAACACGCUCGGUAUCCCGAAAGCCAGGGCGCGCUCUCGCUCACCUCGUGCGACGGAGCUAUCAUCAACGCUCGUGUCGUCCAUUAAGGAGGAGCCACUGGUAGCUUCGCUAUCUACCCAAGACCCAGUGCCUUCACACAUCGCCGAGGAACCUCGACAUGUCCCCGAAGUCCGAACAGACCCGCCCCGCAUCGAGAUCUUCGGCCCUCGCGGGUUGCGACGGUUCCUGCGGCUGCAGAUGCUCCUCACGCACACAAACUCCCAGGAACGUUACGCCGUGCACGAGCUUCUCACCGCUGAUCAAGCACCCUCCUGCCCUGGCGACAUCGCUCAGCAGUCCGACCCCGGUGCGAGCGAAGAGGAACAGUUAGCGGAGAACGAAGCACCCGGCCAGGACAUCCGGUGCGACUCGCACGGCUACUGGCGAGGAAUAGUCGUCAAACACGUAGGCUCCAGCUCGGGCUGGGUGGACUCGUCGUCCGACCAGAAGGGCGCCGGAAGAGUGAUCGUCGAUGCGGGCCCAAUCGACCACCGCGAUCCUUGCAUUGGCUACGUGAUCCGUGAGGUCCCUCACCUGCCUGGGCCUCCUGCCCUGCAGAUGCCGAUCCCCGUCCCGCGCAAGCUCGUCAUUCUCGGCGACACGUUCAAUGCCGAUUCGCUCGUGCCACUUAUUGACCCGCCUUCCCCUGACAACGCCGCUGCUGUGGCCAGUGGCAGUGCGAUGCGACCGAUCGAGGUCGACAUGGACGUCGAUAUGGACGUACCGCCCGGUGACGCGUUGGCCGGUAUUGAAAAUGCGACUGUGGUGCCUGACGUGCAGAAGCUUAUUGCACGGACACCUGUAUCCUUACUCAUCCACGAGGCUACUGAUGCGUACAUACCGCCGUCGGUGGAUCCGCAGGGAAAGACCGGUCGCAACAGAACCGCCGAGAGUGUGAAUGCCAAGACGCUUGACAGGGGACAUAGCACUCCCGCCAUGGCGGGCGAGUUCGCACGGAAGAUCGGUGCAGAGCGCCUCGUUCUCAAUCACAUAGGUGCUCGCUUCCCUGCACCUCCCGCUCCGGUUCGUACGCCAUGGGAGAGGUUCCAACUCGCAUGCAUGCGUGAGAUCGAAAGACAGGCACACGCAACUUGGAGGCCCCCCAACACGCGUCCUCCCACUUAUGUGACUGCGGCGUACGACUAUUACAGGAUUACCAUCCCGCCCAACAGGUUGCCGCGCACUCCCGAGGACGAACAGGACGAGCAACGAGUAGAGCGGGACGUGUCACACCGUGAGACGCACAAAGAACGACACGAAGGACGAUUCGACCGGGGAGGAGGCUCUCACACAGGGAGACAAACGGAUCGACGAUAUGACGGCCAUACUGAACCUGGAUCUGGUCACGGUGGUCGGCCCUUUGACCCGAACAGCAGGGAGCUUCCUCCGCGGCCCGAGGCAUCCCGAUUUGCUCGUCAUGAACUAGCCCACCAAACACGGGAGACGGUUGUCCUCACUAAUGGUGUGGACUACGACUUUCCUCAUGUGCCUUUCGUUCAAAGAACCGCUGUCGGGCGCAACGAUGAAGGUCCUAGUGCACGGAUGAAUGAAAACGGCAAACGCGAUCGGGUUGGCGUGGUCGCGGCCGGGGUACAAGGGCUAUACACUCUCAGGCGAGGGGAGAUUAUCGAGGUGAGCACGGUGAACAUAGAGGAGAGUACAAACGAGGUCGCAGGUAGGAGGCUGGCAUGGGUUGUCCCCCUCCAGAUACCGUCGUUGUGGCGAUGGGCUGUGUAUAUAAUGGUGGAAUAG